GAGGACAUGCCCAACCUGAGAGGAAAUUUCGUUCUCCCCACUUCCCCUUUGCCUCCCUUUUCCCUCCCUUCUUUUCUCCCUGCACCAUCGUCCACCCCCCCCCGCUGCCGAUGCCGUUGCCGCCGCCAGUGCAAUUGCUGCUGCAACGUUUUCUGAUCCUCCUCAGCUUCAUCUUCCCGGCUCCCCUGACAUUCGUCCCAACAAGUUCGGUCUCCCCGACCAAGUUCGGGGCGGCGCCUGGCGUGCCGUUCGCGGCGACGCCCGCCGAGGGCUGCGGCUGGAACCCCCGGGCGUCCCCGGCGCAGCGCGGAGCCGGCGCCGUCGGCAUGGAGCAUCUCUGGGAGGACAGCAAGGCCGCGUGGCGCGCGCCGAGCGGCACGCCGGGCCGCGAGGGCGAGGGCGCACCGCGGGCGGCGCCGACGGCCCCGCGGGGGGCGGAGGGCCGCGCUUGGCGGGGCGGCGGCAGGGGCGAGCCGCGCGACGGGGGCGCGCUGCAGCUCGAGCUUGGAGCACUGGCCGACAGCAUCCGGCCGCUGAGGGCGGAGCUGAGCUGCCUGGAGGACGACAGCCAGCGGGCGCAGCAGGAGGAGUGGCACCGCUCGUCUCGCGGGCUCCGCCGCGAGCUGCAGAGCGAGGAGCGCCGCGCGGCGCACCUGUCGCACGAGCGGCGCAGGCUGGAGGCCAGGGCAGCCGAGCACGACGUGCAGAGGGGGGUGCUGAGGGCCGAGAUCAAGGCGGCUCGAGAACAGCCUCCGGGCAGCCUGGGACCGCCAGGGGACGAGGUCGAGGCGAGACGCCGGCGCGACGAGCUGGACCGCAUGGUCGGCUGCUUCCACGCCGAGCUGUGCGAGUACGGCACGGUGGAGCGCGGUCGCCACGGCGAGCACGAGACUCUGGAGCGAGAGGUGGCCGCUCUGCGCGCCAGCCUGCGUGGACACGGGGACCUGGAGCGCGAGGUCGAGCGCCUGCGCGGCUGCCUGGACGCCCACCACCAGCUGGAGCGCGAAGUCGAGCGGCUGCGUGCGGACCAGCACGAGCUGCAGGGCGUGAGCCGCGAGGUGGAGCGCCUCCGCGGCUGCCAGGACGCCCACCACCAGCUGGAGCGCGAAGUCGAGCGGCUGCGUGCGGACCAGCACGAGCUGGAGCGCGUGAGACGCGAGGUAGAGCGCCUCCGUGGCUGCCAGGACGCCCACCACCAGCUGGAGCGUGAGGUCGAGCGCCUGCGCGGCUGCCAGGACGCCCACCACCAGCUGGAGCGCGAGGUCGCGCGCCUCCGUGGCAGCCAGGACGCCAACCACCAGCUGGAGCGCGAGGUCGAGCGCCUGCGCGGCUGCCUGGACGCCCACCACCAGCUGGAGCGCGAGGUCGCGCGCCUCCGUGGCCCCCAGGACGACGCCCACCACCAGUUGGAGCGCGAGGUGGAGCGCCUCCGCGGCUGCCAGGACGCACACCACCAGCUGGAGCGCGAAGUCGAGCGGCUGCGUGCGGACCAGCACGAGCUGCAGGGCGUGAGCCGCGAGGUGGAGCGCCUCCGCGGCUGCCAGGACGCCCACCACCAGCUGGAGCGCGAGGUGGAGCGCCUCCGCAGCUGCCAGGACGCCCACCACCAGCUGGAGCGCGAGGUGGAGCGCCUCCGCGGCUGCCAGGACGCAAACCACCAGUUGGAACAUGAAGCCGAGCGGCUGCGUGCGGACCAGCACAAACUGGAGCGCGUGUGCUGCGAGGUGGAGCGCCUGCGCAGCUGCCAGGACGCCCACCACCAGCUGGAGCGCGAGGUGGAGCGCCUCCGCGGCUGCCAGGACGCGCACCACCAGCUGGAGCGCGAAGUCGAGCGGCUGCGUGCGGACCAGCACGAGCUGCAGGGCAUGAGCCGCGAGGUGGAGCGCCUGCGCGGCUGCCAGGACGCCCACCACCAGCUGGAGCGCGAGGUGGAGCGCCUCCGCAGCUGCCAGGACGCCCACCACCAUCUGGAGCGCGAGGUGGAGCGCCUCCGCAGCUGCCAGGACGCACACCACCAGCUGGAACAUGAAGCCGAGCGGCUGCGUGCGGACCAGCACAAACUGGAGCGCGUGUGCUGCGAGGUGGAGCGCCUGCGCGGCUGCCAGGACGCCCACCACCAGCUGGAGCGCGAGGUGGAGCGCCUCCGCGGCUGCCAGGACGCCCACCACCAGCUGGAACACGAGGUGGAGCGCCUGCGCGGCUGCCAGGACGCCCACCAGGAGCUUGAGCGCGAGGUGGAGCGCCUCCGCAGCUGCCAGCAUGCCCAUCAAGAGCUGGAGUACGAGAUCGAGCGCCUGCGCGGCCGCCAGGGCGAUUUCCCCGCGCACGGUCGCGAAGCGGGACACUUGGAGCGCGACGGCCAGUCGGAGGCGAGGGGCGACGUGGAGCGCCUCGGCGGCCAGCAGGUGGGACAGCUCGAGCGCGAGCGCGAGGAGCUCGAGCUGCCUCGCGGUGGCAGCGCGAGGAGCGCGAGGAGCGCGAGCCUGAGCGCGGGCGCGAGAAGCGCGAGGAGCGAGCGGAGGGAGCAGCAGGAGGACGCGCUGCUCCGGGAGGAGCUCGUAGGGGCGAUGGCGCUCAAGAAGCGGCUGCGGGCAGAGGUGGGCCAGGAGGCCGGCGCCGAGCCCCGCGCGCGCCUCGAGGAGGCCGACCGCGCCGUGGGCGUGCUGCGGGAGGCCCGCGCGGGCCUCGCGGAGGCGGCCGAGCGCGCGGCGGCCGCGCUGGAGAGGCCGCCCGCGCGGAGCUGUGCGUGGCCAGGGGCGCGGCGGGCGCUGGAGGCGAGGCGAGAUCCUGCACGUGACGUGGUGCUUCGAGGAGCAGGAGACGGCAUAGGUGUAAGCGUAGGGUCCGCACGGACGUCUGAAACAUUAUGCUUGUGCUGUUUGGUUGUCUGAUGUUGUGGAGAGCGAGCGACUUGAUCGAGGUGUCCGAGCACGACGUCAAGGCGCUGUCUCGCGCCAGGACUCGACGAGCAGGUGCUCGGAGGACGCCAGCGAUACGCGACGCCAGUCCAGGCCACACCCACAUAAUUGGGCCUAUCUGUACGGUCGAAGUGAGGACGGAAAUUACGGAGGCGAAUGCCAAUAUCAUGUCUUGUUUUUGCUGAACAGGGCUCGCUCUCAAUGUUGCCCCGCACGUUGCCCACUCGAGCCACCUCAAGUGGUGGCGGCUUUCCGACAACAUGUUUUGUUGGGCAUUGUUCCCACAUUGCCCACGCGUUCACCAGCACGGACGAGUUGCAGACGCUGCUACACUUGGUGGCCGUGCUCCAAGAGAGGCAAGGAGUCCGUCCGGCGGCCGAGGGGAGUUGUGGGCGUCGCCCGACAGCCGGGGGCAAGACGUUUUUGUUGUCCUGCCUGCCGGAGCUCAGCAGGGUGCGACCCGGACCCGACGAUGCGCUGCCGCUCCUGCACCCCGUCUUGCACACAGGAGGAGGACCCCCGAUCGCGGGCCCUGUGAGUAGAACCGCGCGGCGACCACCGUCCGGGCGGCUGCACAGACGGCCGCCUCGGGGGGUCCCAGGGACGCCUGCGGGCCGCCGCCGCGCGAGAGGAGGCGGGGCGCGGCAGGCUGAGAUCGCCGGCGCACGGCCUGGAACAAAUGCAGCUGCCUGAGACGCCCGCCUUGAGACGCAAUACGCAC